AUGCCUCUUCAUCUUCUCGGGAAGAAGUCAUGGAAUGUCUAUAAUCCAGAAAAUAUAGCGCGUGUCCGACGCGACGAAGCUCAAGCCAAGGCACAGGAAGAGGAAGAUGAGCGCCGCAUGCAAGAAGUCGAUGCCGAGCGGCGAAUUCGAGUACUCCGUGGUGAAUCGCCUCCUACCCCUCUUCCUCCAUCGCAAACCAUACCGCAAGCAGAAAGGAAAUCCCGCGCCGACAUUACAGGAAGUCAUAGGAAACGGAGACGUUUAGCCGGCGAAGAUGAUACAGACCGCGAUAUCAGAUUAGCGCGAGAAGACGCGGAGCUUGCGCUCGCAAAACGGGAAGAGUUGCUACAUGCUCGAAAAAGCGAAGUCGAAGCGCCGCUCCACGAUAGCGAUGGACAUAUCAACCUCUUCCCAGAGGUAAAUUCCCAGAGACGAGUUGAGAAGAACCCAGAAGCCGUAAAAGAGGCGGCGGAUAGAGUGCGAUGUUACGAAGAUCAGUAUACAAUGCGGUUCUCUAAUGCAGCUGGGUUCCGUCAAGACGUGGGCAAGAACCCCUGGUAUUCGUCCUCACAUGGCGAUGGUAUAAUCACUGAGACAAUGUCUAACAAGGAUGUCUGGGGUAAUGAGGAUCCUUUAAGGAAGGAGAGGGAGGUAGCGCGCAUAAACCUUAACGACCCUCUGGCUGCAAUGAAGAAGGGCAUUCGUCAACUAAAGUCAGUUGAGGAACAACGAAAGAAAUGGAACGAAGAAAGAAGAAGGGAGCUUGAUGCGUUGAAAUCUGCGGAGGAAACCCUGUCGCGCCACCCGGAAAAGAAAGGAGUCGGAGGGGAGAAAGGCACCACCGGCAUUCUCACGAUCGAAGUUCCACUAAUUCGCAUCGACGGCGUUCGCAUUCUAGAUCUGGCUCACGUUCCCAUCAUCACCGCAGUCAUAAUCAGCGGCAUCGCCAUCACAGCAGCCGUGUUGGCCGCAAGCAUGAAACGGGAGGUGACGCGAAAGAUCGGACAUAAGAAUGAGAUACCCGAAAGUUGUCCGUAUGGGCGGGCACCGUACAAUUACGAGUUUAUGGCUUGA